AUGAGAGGUGCACCAGGACAGCCAGGUGCUCCAGGAAGAGACGGACAGCCAGGAUUGCCAGGAGAAAUGGGAUUGCCGGGACCAGCAGGGGAAUCAGGAGGUCCUGGUGUACCGGGAGGAAAUGGCGACGAUGUCGAAAAGCCAAUGCCUUCAAAAGGCAUUCGCGGACCCCCUGGACAGGUCGGAGCACCAGGUCCAGUUGGCGCACCCGGAAAGAACGCAACUAAAGGUCCUCAAGGAGCCUUAGGGGAACCAGGAAUUCAAGGUGCUGCCGGUGCUCCAGGUCAACCGGGAACGCAGGGUACGCCUGGCUUAGAAGGUAAACCAGGAGAAGACGCAGAGGUAAGAGUUUCAAAAACAUUCUUACAUUUCAUAGAAACGAGCUAG